AUGGAUUUCAUCAAGACCAGUUCCCUGCGUGCUCUGAGUGAGUUAACUUUCCAACGCAAUUGGAUUGGCAUCAUUUGGAUGAGUAGAAAUGAAGUUAUGAUCAAAUUAGUGAAGACUGGUCCAGACGGCCUUAUCGAGCAUUCGCGUCCAAACCGCGCACCGGCCGAUCGAGGAACGAACAUACCGCGAUCGUCCCGCGCACAACAUCCGCGCCAUCCCGCCAAGUCCACGGCCGAGCUCACGUACCGACCCGGGAAGCAUCGUCCCGCGGUCGAGCCAUUUCAGCCUCGCCACCACAAGCGCACGACCGCGCGCGCGAACCGGGAAGCAGUCUCGCGGCCGCGCGGCACAUCACGUCCGCGGCCGAUCCAUCCGUCCGACAGGAAGGCUUCGUCCCACGUCCGGCCAAGAAUCAUCGGCCAAACAUCCAUCCGUCCGACCCGUCGGCCGAACGCGAAAACUCUCGGCCACGAUCGUUCCGACCGUGCCGAUAGCCGACCACGACCCGAUGCCGGCCGAUCGUCCCGACCGACCGUCCGAACGGUCCGGUCGACCCGAAGCCCGUUUUGA